AUGGCGACCGAGUCCCCGAAUCUCCAAGCUCCCGACUAUUCCCACACCCUCUCAGGGUUCUUCCACAUAUACAGUCAUCGAAAGUUCCUUGGGUUCGUCGCGGACGUCGAAGAUUGCAAUCGCGUACUUCUCACCACCCACGGCCGGGUAUCCCAGAGGGAGAUGGAGGAGUUGUAUACGAGUGAGGUGAUUCGUCUGUACCAUGAAUGGUGCAGUGAUCCGAGGAAAGGGGGUGGGCUACCAGAGGAAAGGCGGGUUCCGUUUCUAAGUAGGGCAUUCAAAUUGAUGACAAGCUCGGAGGCCUACGCGUAUUGGGACUUCAAGCGGGCUGAGGAUAUUCGUGCAAAGGCGCAGGGGACAUUGAUAUUUGACUCUGUCAUCAGGGUUGCGGUCCGGGAGGAGAAUGCUAGGCAAGAAUCGCUGGAGAAGACGCCCAUCAAUGGGAGCAACAAGAAGUCGGAGACUUAG